GUCGAUGCAGAGAGAGAGAGUGAAAGUCAGAGAGAGAUAGAGAGAGAAACUCACACAUAGUAGAGCGUGAAAACACACAUAGAUAAAGAAAGUCAUAGAACCUUCUCCGCCUUCGGUCUUGCCGUCCCCUCCCUUUUGAUACACUUCACUCCAAAUGCGGCGGAGAUUCUGUUGCUAUGUUGCGCCGCUUGGCUCUGCAAAUAGCCGAUUCGCUUUCAGAUAUGAGCUUGAAUUGAGGAGAUUUAGGCGGGUCUGAACUGGGAAUUUAGGGGGUUUUCAAGAAAAAAUGGGGGAUAGUGAGCAAGUUAAUAGUGAUAUGAUACAAAGACUACAAUCAUCUUUCGGGACUUCAUCUUCUUCAUUUCCGAAGCAACCCAUUUCGAUGAAUCAACUAGACAUACCUCAGUCGAAUAGUUCCCAAUUUCGGGCUCAGAUGCGACAAUUUUCGCCCAGUUUUAACGUUGAGAGCGGUAAGAGAGUCGGUAUACCGCCUUCUCAUCCCCAAAUACCACCUGUUUCGCCGUAUUCACAGAUUCCGGUAUCCCGUCCGGUGAAUCAGCAAAUGGGUUUGCAGAAUUUUAGUAGUCCAGGGCCCUCCCAUUCGCGAUCUUUUUCGCAACCCUCAUUUUUUUCGCUUGAUUCUUUGCCACCGUUAAGCCCUUCACCCUACCGGGAUUCCCCAUCAACGUCCAUUUCUGACGCUAUAUCGACUGAUCUGUCAAUGGAGGAUCGGGAUGCGUCUUCACACUCUUUAUUGCCGCCCUCGCCUUUCUCCAGGGGUAAUUCUUUAAGAGUAGGGGAGAAUCUUCCUCCUCGUAAAUCGCAUAGGCGGUCUAACAGUGAUAUCCCAUUUGGGUUUUCUACUAUAAUGCAAUCUUCGCCACCACUAAUCCCAUUAAGGGAUCCGGGGGCUUUGGAACAUUCAAUGUCUGCUAGAGAUAAUUCGGGUGCUAAGCUGGUUUCGGUGGUUAAACGGGAAUCGAGUUGGGAUAAAGGUGGUGGGUGCAAUGCAGAAGGGACGGGGGAGAGGAAAUCUGAAGGUGAAGUUGUGGAUGAUCUGUUUUCUGCGUACAUGAAUUUGGAUAACAUCGAUGCAUUGAACUCUUCUGAGACUGAUGAGAAGCUGGGUAAUGAGAAUCGUGAAGAUUUGGACAGUAGAGCCAGUGGUACAAAGACAAAUGGAGGCGAUAGCAGUGAUAACGAGGCGACAAGCAGUGUAAAUGAAAGUGGCAACAGUAUGCAGCGACCAGGAAUCUCUUUGGCUGAGAAGAGGGAAGGAGUCAAAAGGAAUGCUGGGGGAGAUAUUGCUCCGACCAGCAGACACUAUAGAAGUGUUUCCAUGGAUAGCUUUAUCGGGAAAAUGAACUUUGGGGACGAGUCGCCAAAACUUCCUCCUUCCCCGGGACCGCACACUGGACAGCUCUCACCAAGCAAUUCAAUUGAUGAAAAUACAAAUACUUUCAGCUUGGGGUUUGGGAAUGGUGAGUUUAGUGGGGCUGAACUCAAGAAAAUCAUGGCAAAUGAGAAACUUUCUGAGAUAGCCUUGAGUGAUCCCAGAAGAGCCAAAAGGAUUUUGGCCAAUCGCCAAUCAGCUGCUCGUUCCAAAGAACGGAAGAUGCGAUAUAUUGCAGAGUUGGAACAUAAGGUCCAAACUCUACAGACCGAAGCUACCACAUUGUCUGCUCAGCUUACAUUAUUGCAGAGGGAUUCUGCUGGGCUUAGUGGCCAGAACAAUGAGUUGAAGUUUCGCCUGCAAGCCAUGGAACAACAAGCACAACUCCGUGAUGCUCUGAAUGAGGCUUUAACUGCGGAGGUUCAACGUUUGAAGAUCGCGACUGCAGAGCUAGGUGGAGAAUCUGCCAAGUUUCAGCAGCUUUCAAUCAACCCCCAGAUGUUCCAGUUCAACCAGCAACAUGCUUCCCAACUCAACAUACAUCAGCUGCCACAACAGCAGCAGCAAUCUCAGUCACAGCAACAGAACAGCAGCACAAGUGCAAAACAGGAGUCAAACCAGUAGUUGUUUGAUCAACUAUGUGAUGGCGAGGAAGCUUUUUAGUGCCUAAUGAAUUAUUCUAUCAGUAUAUGGUUCUUAAUAUAUUUUCCAGUAGCAUUUCAAACCAUGAUUCGUUCAUUAGUUUUGCAUCUGCAACAAGACACAUCAAGGUGUCGUAUUUACAAAUUCUAGUUUAUCAUGCAUUUUCAUCCCAAAUCUUAGUCAUAUACCGAUCAUAUUAUUUGUAGCUUUUAUUUAUGCCCAUGUUAAUUCUGUUGUUUUGAGGUGACUUGGACUUGUUAUAUUGUGACAUUUGGAGAGUUUCAUGAACUCUUCCUCAUGUUCUUUUGUUUUUCAUUGAGUAAUGAAUGGGAACUGUCUUCAAUUGUUAUUGG